AUGCCUCGAGUCCUCUCCCACGCUGCCUACACAAUCGCCUGGAUCAGCGCGCUCCCGCUGGAGAUGGCCGCGGCGAAACUCGUGCUCGAUGAAGUCCACGGUAACCUGGCGCAGCCUUCGACAGACCACAACUGCUACACGCUCGGAAGCAUCCACGGCCAUAAUAUCGUUAUCGCGUGCUUGCCCUCUGGCGUCUAUGGCACGAUAUCAGCAACGACGGUCCUGGCGCAAAUGCUGCCCACGUUCGGAUCGAUAAAAUUCGGCCUCAUGGUGGGAAUCGGAGGCGGCGCACCGACGAAAGCAGAUGUGCGGCUUGGAGAUGUGGUUGUUGGCAUACCGAGUGGUUCAUCGGGUGGCGUGAUACAAUUCGACUUUGGGAAGACGCUGCAUUCGGGAAGGUUUCAGCGGGUGGGAUCGUUGAAUAAACCGCCUCAGGUGUUGUUGACAGCGGUCUCUCAGCUGCGGAGCGCUCAGUUGAUGGGAGAGGAGGAAAUCCCACUCAUGAAGACCAUCUCCGACGCCUUGGGGGAGGACGGCGAUGUCCCGGGAAGGAGCGCUCCGUCGACGAGGGGUAGAGCGAUCAGAACAACAUUCUCUCGGCCAGACAACGAUCGGCUGUUCGACUCCUUAUAUACCCAUGACGGCCCCGAGACGGAUUGUUCAUUGUGCGACCCUGCAAAACUGGUGCAACGCGAUCCUCGACAGUCAGAUGCACCACGAAUCCACUAUGGCUCAAUCGUUUCAGGAAACCAAGUAAUGAAAGAUGCCCGAACGCGUGACUCAAUUGCCCAGGAGCUCGAUAUUUGUUGCUUCGAGAUGGAAGCUGCAGGUUUGAUGGAUCAACUACCUUGUCUCGUUGUUCGAGGGAUCUGCGACUACUGUGAUUCGCACAAGUCGAAGGAAUGGCAAGGCUACGCGGCUCUCACGGCAGCCGCGUACGCGAAAACGCUUCUGCAAGUUGUUCCUGUUCCCCAGAAUGACCGAAAGGCCGGGAAAAGUCACUGGAUGGUACCGUUUUCCAGAAAUGCAGCAUUUGUCGGUCGCAAGAGUCACAUCGCCGCUCUGGAAGAUGGGGUGCUUAGGGCGGCCGAAAGGAGAAAAACAGCCAUAUGCGGACUCGGAGGGAUUGGAAAGACCCAAAUCGCUCUGGAACUCGCUUAUCGCGUGCGCGAUAAAAGUCCUGAAAUGUCGGUGUUCUGGAUUCCAUGCACCAGCUACGAGAGUGUUGAGCAGGCAUACAUGAAUAUCGCGCAAAUGACCGGAAUGCCAGAACUCAAUGCAGGAGCAGUAAAGGAGCAGGUAAAGACUUACCUGAGCCACGAAAGGUCCGGAAAGUGGCUUCUGAUAUAUGACAAUGCAGACGACAUGCACCUGUGGACAAAGGAGACUGAGACUCGCCCGCCAUUGAAAAGUCUACUGCCACACAAUGAAGCAGGGAACAUCCUUUUCACUAGCCGAAAUCGAAAGCUCGCUGUCAAGCUGGCUUUGUCGAACGUGGUUCAGAUUCCUGACAUGGAUGAGGACACAGCCAUGCAGAUGCUUCAGAAGCACCUGAUCCGGAAGGAUAUGCUCGAGGAUAAGGAGGCAACUACGACCCUUCUCCAACAACUGUGUUUCCUUCCCCUCGCUAUUAGUCAGGCCGCGGCAUAUCUCAACGAGAAUGACAUUACCACACUGGGAAGCUAUCUGUCUCUUCUUGACGCACAGGAAGAGAAUAUGGUUAAGCUAUUGAGCGAGGAUUUUGAGGACGAUGGCCGAUACGCAGAUAUGCAAAACCCGGUGACCACCACAUGGCUAGUUUCCUUCUCCCAGAUCCAGUUAUUGGACCGUCUGGCAGUGGACUAUCUCUCGUUCAUGGCUUGUAUAAGUCCUCGCAAUAUCCCACAGUCCCUUCUUCCGCCGGCCCUGUCCCACAAAAAAAGGAUCGAGGCAUUGGGUAUUCUCAAAGCCUAUUCCUUCAUAUCGGAGGAGACUAAAUCUGGAGACUUGACAUUGCACCGACUAGUGUAUCUCGCAACAAGGACAUGGAUGAAAAAGAACAAGUCCUUCACGACGUGGAUACUAAAGACUGUGCAGCAUAUGAGCCAAACAUUUUCACAGCUUGACCAUCGCGAAAGAAAUCUGGGGCGGCAAUACCUGCCCCAUAUUCUGUCUGUGAUUGAAAAUAACGAGUUCAGGUCUGUGCGAGACCAAUACGGUGGUCUAUUACAGAGUGUGGGAUACUGGCUAGGUUCCGACGGAAGAAACAGGGAAGCAAAGUCAUUACUUUCCCAGGUCCUGGAAGAUAGAGAGAAAACCCUAGGCAAGGAUCAUGAGGACACGCUCGAUAUCAUGGAUAACCUCGGAGAGGUGCUACUGGAAUUGGGCCAGUAUACCGAAGCGAAACAAAUAAUGGAGCAGGUUCUAGAGGGCCGAAAUGUGGUUCUUGGACCUGAGCACCCAGACACUCUAUCGAGUUUGGAGAUUUAUAGUUGGGUGUUUGCUGGGCAGGGUGAGUAUGCACGCGCACAAGAGAUCCGAGAGCGUACCCUACAAGGUUUUGAAAAGGUUCUUGGUCCUGAGCACCUGAGUACUCUGGAUUGCCUCGCGGGCCUUGGUAGUAUCCUUGUCCAGCUGGGACAGUAUGAAGAUGCAGCAGCCAUUUAUGGACGGGUGAUGGACGGCUAUGUCAAAGAACUCGGGCCGCAGCAUGAGGACACUCUACACACUGUGAGCAAUACCGGCGUGGCUUUGACCCGGCUGGGCAAAUAUGACGAGGCUGAACAGAUACACCUCGAAGUAUUGAGGAGAUCCGAAGAAACGUACGGAGCUGAACACUGGCUCCCUCUGAUAAGCAUGGAUAAUCUGGGCAACAUUUAUCUCGAGCAAGAAAGGUUCGAGGAAGCGGAAGAGCUCCGUGUGCGUGCUUUGCGCAUUGCAAAGCGCUUGUUCGGCGCAGAGCACCCUGAUACACUUGUAAUAAUCGACCAACUGGGAAUAGUGCUGGGAAAACAGGGCAGACACGGAGAAGCUAAAUGUUUGCACCAGCUCGCUAUCACUGGCUCAAAUAAACAUCUUGGAGAGGAUCAUCCGCUCACCAUUUCAUUCUUGGGCAACUUGGCAAUGGCGCACUGGGAGCAGGGACAAUUGGAGGAGGCAGAGGAGCUGGAGGUCAGGGUAUGGGAGACUAAAAAGCAGAAGCUGGGUCUGGAGCAUCCUAGCACGCUCAGGAGCAUGCAAAAUCUUGCAUACACUCGAGAAUCAAUGGGCAAGCGCCGUGAGGCAAUAGACCUCACUAAAGAGUGCUUGGAGCUGCGCACAAAGCGACUUGGACCCGAACACCCUGACACCGUCGAUUCGAAGAUCAUACUAUCCCGGUGGCAAGAAAUAGAGAGUCGUCCCCGGGCCGACCAACCGGCGACAGCCUUGGACUGUGGUAACCAGACCAGUCCCCAAGCCGACGAUGACGGAAAAUCUGUUCCCAUUCCGCUUGCAAAGAAGGGCAUUGUCCGAGCAGCUACCGGGGAUAUAUCGGAUACUCCCCGCGUACCCAUCCCAACUGAAGCCGGAAGCCGGUGGAAAGUAUGGCGUCGCCUGCGGCACAAGAUGGUCACGUCCUAGGUCCAUCCAACGCUCGAAACUGACUCCUUUCUGAUCGCCAAUGAUUACGACUGACAGGCUGCUUAUCCAAGCCUUGACACACUACCUGACAGCGUAGAAAAAUAGUGCCACCGGCCAGCAGUCUUUGUUAGGAUCCACCGCAUCUACAUACUUCACGAGUCAGUCAAUUGGGCUAUUGAGGCCUCGUUGGGAAUAGCCUCCGUCGACCCCGCCAGCCCACCUCCGGAUUUAACCUCGCGCGGUGAAGAAUGGCAUGAGAUGCAAGUACAGAACCCAGAAUUCGCGCAGCGAACAGUCAGACAUGCAGUAUCACCACCCAGACAUUGAGUUCGAGAAGCCCUUGCGCGUGUCGUCUUACAGGGGAACAUGUCGGUGGACAACUCGGAGUUUUGGGCUCGGUAUGCCGACCACGUUGAUUCAUGCUUGUACGUAUUGAAAGGAUCGGUGCGAGCGACGGCGAUGCGAUCUGUCGGUAGGGUGGAUAGUUGGCUUGAUAAUGGUGGGAUGCAACAUUGUUUUGAUGUCAUCAGGUCUAACCGGGAUCCGAAGAGGAUGCAGAGGGUGAAGGCGGUAUUCGAGUCUAGGGAAUGCUAGUUGCGGGGGAGUUGAUUUGACUUGUUGUUCUGGUAGAAGCAGUCUUGAGUGCUGGGACACGAUGAAUCAUACGUUGUUCGACACAUUACUGGAAAGUAGCUCAUCUUCGGUAGAGGAUGCUCCAGUAGUGUGCCUCACAGUCUAUUCUCCGUUAGAGCUACGCUGCUGUUGACA